AUGUCCCACCAACCGUCCCACACGUCUCCCAGCUGUGCCUCGGCCAGCCUUGAGCCCGCAGACCUGGCUCUGUCUAUCUUCUUCUUCUGCUUGUUCCCCAUUGCCUUGCUACUCAAUGCGGUGGCGGCUUGGGUGUCGUGGCACCUGCGGUCCACCUCUACCUUCGUGGUCUAUCUCAAAAACCUGGUGGCCGCUGACCUUCUCAUGACGCUGACGCUUCCCCUGAUGGCAGCCAGCCUGCUUCCCGGGGUGGCCGUCGACCUGAGGGUUUUCGCCUGUCGCUACUCUGACGUCGUUUUCUUCACGUCUUUGUACACCAGCAUUGCGCUGAUGGGCCUCAUCAGCCUGGACCGCUUCUUCAAAGUUGUUCGACCAUUUGGAAGGGUGAUGGGCCAGAGUGUGAUGUUCAGUGUCAUCAUGUCCACUUUGGUUUGGGUUGGGUUGUUUGGCAGCACAACUAUCCCAACUAUGAUCCUAACAGACCAUGACCCUGCAAACACAUCUGAUCAGUUCUGCAUGUCCUUGAAAAGUGCGUCAGGCAGACAUUUCCAUAUGAUUGUGGUUUUAUCCAUGGACAGCCUUUUCUGGUUGGUCUGCAUUCUGGUUGUGUUUUGCUACAUCUGCAUAACUCUCAAAGUCCUGCAAUCCUUCAGAAACUCUGGAAGCAGCAACAGCCAAGGAAAAAAGAAAACCACACUGCGAGUCUUCUUGAUCAUUCUUGUGUUUCUGGUGUGCUUCUUGCCUCUUCACCUGAUCCGUAUUCCCUAUACGUUAAAAGAGAUCUUUUUCUCUGGUAUCUGCCUUGGACCGUGGCUUAAGAUAGCCCAUAAACUAUCCCUCUGGAUCUCCACAACGAAUGCUUGCAUGGACCCUGUUCUCUACAUCUACCUGUGUAAGGAGUACAGAGACAAACUGGUUCACUUGCUGAAGAGUAGGGGUGUUUACAUAAGGCAGGGGUCUUCAGACUGCAGCUCCUCAGCCUCUGUAGUGGCUCCUUCUAGAUCUGCAAAAAACUAG